GGCGCGGCUGGGAGACCCGCCCCUGCCGCUCCAGCCGCACUCGCGGGCUCUGCUGGUGGAUGGACCGGGGGGAGUCCCGAGAACGACACGCUGCAGGUCCCCGUCUCGACCUCCACUCCUCUGAGAGCGCCUCCGUGACCCGGAGAGCCGGUGGUUGCUGGGAGGGCUGCGGGGACACAGGUACCAUCCGGGAGGCGAGCUGGCAGGGCACUUUUGCCCCUGGGCAAGCCCGCAGACGCUGGCCCCAGGACCUUAGACGGGUCUUCGUUCCGUCGACUCUUCUCGGCCUUCCUUGAUCCUGUCGGCGCCCUCUACCCGGGACUGCUCUCCUCACGUCGGCUCCCCGCCCCUCUAGGGAGCCUAGGUGUCCCUGGGAUCCACCCCGUCCCUCUUGGGACCCUUCUCCCUUCACACCCUUCCCCCACCCUGGAGGCCCGGCUGGACGCGACCCAGAGCUGCCACCGCCCGCUUCUGCCACUCAAUGGAGGACAGUCUGCUGGAGAUCAUGACCAAGGACGGCGGCGACAUGCCGGCACCUCUGGAGGUGUCCACGGUGCCAGCCGUGGGGGACGUGAUCUCUGGGGAGUAUAACGGCGGCAUGAAGGAACUGAUGGAGCACCUGAAGGCCCAGCUUCAGGCCCUGUUUGAGGACGUUAGGGCCAUGCGAGGGGCGCUGGACGAGCAGGCCUCGCACAUCCAGGUUCUGUCGGACGACGUGUGCGCCAAUCAGCGGGCCAUAGUCUCCAUGUGCCAGAUUAUGACCACCGCGCCCCGUCAGGGAGGCUUGGGCGUGGCCGGCGGCAAGGGGAGCUUCCCGAGUGUUCCACAUGAGCCGGAGACACCUUCGCCUGGUAUCGGGGAUAGCGACUUGCUGGGUCGCGAUCCAGAGGAGGACGAGGAUGAAGAGGAGGAGAAAGGGAUGCCCAGCCCCGCCACACCCACCAGUCACUGUGAGCGCUCUGAGAGCCCCUGUGCUGGUCUCCUUGGGGAGGAUGGGCCACUUGUGGAGCCCCUCGACCUGCCUGACAUUACCCUGCUGCAGCUGGAGGGCGAGGUCUCUCUGUGAGGGAGGACCCCACGGGAGCACCAACUACCUGAGCUUUGAGUUUCUAAGUGCUUAAUGCUAGGGGACUGAACAGUGCGGUGCAGUGUGCUUCACUCCAAACGUGAUUCUUAUAGGUCAGGGAGAGAGACUCCCUCACGUAAGGAUUUGUAGGGUGAAGGACUUUGGAAGCCUCGCGAAACCUUCCAAGCAAACAUCAUAGCAAAACUGCGGAAAGGUGAGGUUCCCGGAGAGGAAGUGCCCAUCUCCGGGAUUCCCAACCAUCCACUUACUUUGCCCUUUCCCCUCUUCCCAGGAAACAGAAGGACCAUUUAAUUAUGUAAAUAAAAUUCUGCUUUUUCUAUUCUGAAAAAGGACUCAUCUAGGACUUUGGCAAAUAAUCUCUAUUUACCUAGAAAUUAAGGAAUUGGGGUAUGUUCUGUUCUGGCAACAGGAAAUUCACCCUUUUGCUGAAAUCCGAGAUACACAGUGCUCUGCAGAAGCCUCUCCCCUCGCAGAUCUCUGCGGCUGUUGAUUGGUAAAGGAAGCUUGAGGAGGGAGCUGCAGCCCUAGGAAUCUGGGUGCAUGGGGUUGCAAGGGCCCCUGGGCUGGGAGAGCUGGCUGUGGAUGUGCAUGAAGACACAAUAGCUCAAGCUCUGGGAUUUUGCAUGCAGAGCAGAACCUGCCCUUUCACUGCCUUCAUCUGGGGUUGCUUUCCCACUCACCUGGACCUAGAGAUCAAAGUACCCAGUUCACAGGCAGAGACUUGGGGCUGCUCAGCAACAGCCCAGAUCUAGGGGACAAUUGAGGAACUCUUGGCAGGGGGGGCUGCGGCCCCAAACUGUCUUUUCUGGCUAUACCUGCUUAAACUUAAGUUCCCCUUUCUGUCAAUAUGUCGCUACCCUCUGCUUUUUGGUGUUGCUUCCAUUAUUGUCUUGUGUUUUGUGUGUCCCCCGUGUAGUAGUGUGUGAGCCCUCAGGGGCAGGGCUUGUGGCUCUAGUGUUAGGUUCAGGGGGCUUCAGACCCUUCUGUGAGCCCCAGGCUAUCAUGGCGCUUUCCCCUCUCUUUUCCCCUUUGCCCCACUCCUCGACCAGGGCAUGGAGCAUGUGGCUGUCCUGAGGUUCCUUAACUGAUGUGCCUCCCUCCUACCUUCUGAAGUGGUGACUUUGUGUGCCCUUCCCCCUCCUUUGUGUAUCCUUUCUCAAUGCUUUCCUUGGUGUCAACCUUAAUAAAAAGACGUCAUCU